AUGAUCAGACUGUCCAGCUUUUGUCUUUUUGUGGUUUUUAUUUCGAAUGUUUAUGCCUCGUUAUCGCCAGGUGUGAACACCGAGCCUACUCGAUUUAGUCAGUACUUCUUAGAUUCACAUGACGCCGCAUACCCUCUUAAAACCUAUCCACUUUUCAUUGGCAGUCAUAAAGAAAUCAUAUCGUUACGUGAUGCUAUUCCAUAUAAUAAAGAUGAUCCACAAGCCUCUUCGAUUUCAACUACCCAGCUUGAUCAACACGUUAUUGAAGACCAGCUCUAUUCUAUCCUCAGCGAAUGUUCCUCUGAUGCGCUGAUCAUUAUCAACCAGCCUGGAAUUGAAGCUGCAGACUUUGAUGAGCAUUUGGCAUAUGUACCACCACCAUCUCUUGCUGCUGAUGGAUCUGAAACUAAUGCUCCACACCCAUUGUGGUCUAACUUUGUUCGUUACUUUAAGCGUGCUGGAACGUUUUUGCCAUAUCUCCACACGUCUUCUCCAUUGGAUUUAAAAAAACUUUCAAAUUUUUACGUCACACACUGCGGUGCUGAAGAAGUUGUUGCCAAUGCACGCAAUCCUGCAGACCCCAUAUCGAAGUAUAUUGACACUCGCAAGCGUGUAAUUCAGGUCUCUUUUGACCCAGUACCACCCCUUUCGGAAGAAAGCAGUAAAAAUUUACGCAACAAGAUCCUUGCUUACAAUGAUCAUGUUCUUUCUCGAAUCAUUAAUGUAGUGCCCUCGCCAUUUGUUACAAUAAUCUACACUAGCAUAUCCAAGGCUGAGAUUGCAACUAGCCCACCAGGACCCUACAGCAAAUACCCAAUAAUUGAGGAGAUUUUAUUGAACUCAAAAGAUCCAAAAAACCGUGAUUCGUGGCGUGCGAAUGAGCAUAGACUGAAAAGCAAACCCGACGCCAAACGCGACUCUUCGGCUAGACGAAGAUUGCCACUCAUGCAAGAAAAACAAGAAAAGGAGCGUGCUCGGCGUGUGGCAGAAAUGCAGGCACGUAAGAAACGUGAUACCGGCCUGAUUCAAGAGCGUCUGGACGCUUUUCUUAGCCCAGAGGCUAUCGUUUCAUGUGCCGUCGUUGUACUGUUUGUUUUUGUGCUUUACAAGAUUGCUUGUCUGAUGCGCUGGGUCGCAUCAAGCUUUUUAGGAUCGUCCACAGUAGAUGAACCAGUUGAGAAAGUAAAAUCAUUAGAAAAAAGUUCAGCCACUGCAACUGGUGCAAAGACCACUAGUAGCAUCAAAUCAUUUAAAAACACCUGA